AGGUGAACGGUGAGCGAGUGCCUGGCCUGGCCACACCUCACUCAUUCACUCACACCCUUUUUAAACAUCGAGCACGAACAGGCGAGGGGAAAAUGUCGAGCAAACUGGGGGCAAUGGAAGAUCUGACAGCGGCAAACACACAUUUUACACUGGACCUGUUUGCAAAGAUCAAUGAUGUCAAUCCCACCGGUAACCUGUUUUUCUCCCCCCUGAGUAUCACUGCUGCUUUGGCCAUGGUAUUUCUGGGGUCAAGAGGGGAAUGUGCAGCUCAGAUGGCAAAGGUACUUCAUUUUGACAAGACAGAAAAAAUUCAUUCUGGAUUUCAGGAGUUGAAUAAUGAAAUCAAUAAACCACAAGCAACUUAUAAACUGAAAUUAGCUAACCGUCUGUACGGAGAAAAGACUUUCAACUUUCAAAAGGAGUUUCUGGCUGACUGCCUUACAUUCUAUAAUGCUGACCUAGUAGGAGUUGAUUUUAUUGGAGCUGCAGUAAAAAUAAUGCAAGAAGUGAAUGAGUGGGUUGAAAAUCAGACAGAAGGAAAAAUUAAAGAUAUUUUACAGCAAGGUUCCAUCAAUUCUAUGACAAGAUUGAUUUUGAUAAAUGCCAUCUACUUUAAGGGGAAUUGGCUCAAAAAAUUUGAUGAGAAAAACACGGACGUAAUGCCAUUUAGAAUUAACAGGAAUGAAAGCAAACCAGUGAAAAUGAUGUACCAGAUGGGAAAGUUUCCUUUCAAUUAUAUACCUGAGAUGAAGGUGAAAGUGUUAGAGCUUCCCUACAUAGAAGAGGAACUUAGUAUGUUUGUCCUUCUUCCUGAUGACAUCGAUGAUGGCUCUACGGGUUUAAAGCAGCUUGAGCAAGGGCUGACACUGGAAAAUCUCCAAGAAUGGACAAAGAGACAAAACAUGGACACACGCACAGAUGUUCAUGUCCACCUUCCUAAAUUCAAACUGGAAGAUGAUUAUGAAUUAAAUUCUAUUCUUGAAAAUAUGGGCAUGGUGGAUAUCUUUGAUGGCAGCAGAGCUGACUUAUCAGGGAUGAGUGGAGGCCCUGGCCUGUUCCUGUCACAGGUUUUGCACAAGUCCUUUGUUGAGGUGAACGAGGAGGGCACUGAAGCAGCAGCGGCCACUGCUGGCAUUAUUGCAUUUUGCAUGUUACAAGAAGAGCAUUUUAAAGCUGAUCAUCCAUUUUUGUUUUUUAUUCGGCAUAACCCGAGUAAAAACAUUCUGUUUUUUGGCAGAUAUACUUCUCCAUGAAGGAAACUUUUCCAGACCUACAAGUUUGGUCUGUGUGUUUUUGCAUUAAAAAUUGAAUUAUAUAAUUUUUUGCUUGAUUUCAGAAUUAAUUGUUUUGGAUUUGACAUGUUUUAAAAUGUUUUAAUCCAUGUGUGUAACUGUACAGAAUGGAAAAUGAUAUUAAAUUCAUGAUUACCUAUA